AUGGCAACUUCUCAGAAUAGAACCGAGAAAUCCGAGAUAGCAAAGCACAUAUUCGACGAGGAUGGUGAUUUCCCGGCUUUUUUCAGGUUCUUCGAUUAUUUACUUCAACAGUACAACUGGCCAGGACUACGCCGCCAAGGACGGUUGACAUACAGAGGCAUUGGUGAUGCAGUGAGUCUUUUGAAGAGCUCCUCUCACGUCACGAAUAAUGAAGCGAUCCAAAAAUUGAACAACAAUAAUGGCACCGCUCCACCAAAUCCAAAUGCUUUGGAUGAUCUCAAUUUGGCGGUCAACAUGAUGAUCAUGGUGGACUGCGAUCCCCAAAAAUCACACACGCUGGGGUUCACCAUUGCCGACUACAGUCCGAAAUCAUGGAAGCCAGAAGAGACAUAUUUAGACUUUGUCAAGCGGUCCUUCCCCGCCGAUCCCAAGCCCUCGAAGAGGGUACAAUGGAGCAUAAAGGCUUGGAAGCUGAAGGAGAAACUUGGUGUGGAGUUUCGACCAACAGACGACCUCGAUAAGCACUUAUUGUAUGAUUCCAAGGACCCUCCAUGUGUAUAUCUCUUUCACCAGGUUGGGUUCUUGAAAGCUCAGCUGAAGAAGUACAAUGAAACAGAAAUGCCGUUGGACUUGAGCGUGGACGAAUGUCUCGAGAGCCUUAUUAACCCGGUUGUCAGAGGUUCACCCCCAGUACGAUUAUUGUACGAGACAAUACACUCCCUACAAUGGCUACUCUUUCACCGAGUCGAUAAUAAAUCCGACGCUGUUUUGAAGGAACUGAUUGGUGAAAAAGGCUUCGAUCCUGAAUGUGCCAAUUACGAGGGGUACAGGCGCUUAGAGGGCGACGGCUUCACGUACACGUAUUGGGGCGAGCGUAUAAGAAAACUCGAGGCGGCUCUGGCCAAACCGCCGCCGCGCACCAAGCUGGGGCGCUGGCUACAGUCGCAGACGAGUGAGAGAAACGCGCUGUUUAUCGCGCUAUUGGCAUUGUUUAUUUCAAUAUUCGUCGGACUGCUGAGCGUUAUACUGGCGGCUGUUCAGACUUGGAUCGCCUGGAUGGCAUGGAAAUAUCCCGUGAAGUGA